GUUUGGACAGAGGGACACAUCCRUCCUCAAGACAUCUUCUAUAAAGAGCCCAGAAAAACAGCUGGACAAGGAAGCCUGUCCUCUGAGGGACAGAGCAGAGUUGCGCUCUGAGCGCCACGCUGACGCCAUCUUCACAAACAGCUACAGGAAGGUUCUGGGUCAAAUAUCUGCCAGGAAGUUCCUGCAGACCAUCAUGGGCAAACGACUGGGAGAUGAAAGUGAGAGCUACAUGAAACGUCAGUCAGAUAUCUAUGAAGGAACAUUUAAAGAAGACCUCACAUCUAUCCAGAGUGAAAGGUACAGAGGCGUGCAGGGCAACGUCAUUAGGCCAAGACUGCUGAGUUGAGGACGAACUGAAGACGAGCAACCAUCACAGCUUGUUUUUUUUUUCUUCUACUAAUAAAAUUCAUCUUGUCAUUUAUUUUCAAAUAAUAAAUAUUCUA